UGUGAUAUAGAAAUUAAGGCAUGGCUCUCAAGGGGAAGCUGGAGACUGUGCUAGAACUGAAGUCAAGUCCUGAGAAAUUCUUGAAUCUUUGGAAGGAGCAAGCCCACCAGGUUCCUAAUCAUACUCCUACCAAUAUUCAAGGAGUUCAUCUACAUGAAGGUGAUUGGAAUACUCAUGGCUGCAUCAAGAUCUGGAAGUAUAAUAUAGAAGGAAGAUCUGAGAUUUUUAAAGAGAAGACUGAAGUAGACGAGGAAAAAAAGGUGGUAACUAUUAUAGGUUUGGAAGGUGAUGCGUUCAAACUUUACAAGGUCUACACUGCCAUCUGGGAACUCACAUCCAACGGAGAAGGAAGCUUGACAAAACUGACGCUUGAGUAUGAGAAGCUGAAUGAGGAUGUUCCCGUUCCUAACAAUUACCUGGAUUUAAUAAUUAGCAUGACUAAGGAUAUUGAUGAAGAAAUCACUAAAAUUAUACUAAAUUGAAUAAAAUUAAAAGUAUGGGAAAUAAUCUACUAAAAAUAAAAAAAUUUGGCCGUUUUUAUCUAUUUUUCCUUCAAAUUAAAUAAAUGUGAUCAUGUCUUAGAUCGGCUAUGCAUUAGGAUUGGAUAAGAAUUGGUCCAGUAUAACUGUGUGGUGUGUUAUGUUGCAAGUUUUGAAUAAAAUGGUGAAGCUCUUCUGGUAGCUUCAUGGAUUAUAUAUUUUUGUUCAUUGAAAUGUUCUCCCUGUGUAUUUUUUAUAUGAAUUU